CAGCAUCAUCAUCACCACCACCACCAGCGAUGGCGGAACACGUCACAUCAGCGCUUUCACCGGCCUUGAGCCCGAGCUCCGAGCCGUCGUCCGAUGUGCGCUCUCCCACAGCUGGCGGAACGCAGCGGUUCCUGUUUACGCAUGAUCUGGUCUCCGGAAAACACCGCGGAGCGAUGCGCUUCGGGAUUGUACGGAUGAUUCAUGGUGAGGAGGAUUUUGAUGACUCAGACUCGGAAAUUGGUGGUGAUGGCGGAGGGAGAGGAGGAGGUGGUCGUGAUGGCGGCGGUGGAGGCGCUCCCAGUAACUCGGACAACGAGAGUGGGGCGGUGGACACACGGUCAUGGCCUCUCGGUAGAGGAUUCGUGCGUGUUCAGUGGUAUCCCGAUGGGACGAAACAGGAUGUUAGGGAAACGAAGCUGAAACUUGAAGAUCGAUCUAUUAUGCCUAGAGACUUUGUCCGGCGAAUGAACUCAAAUGAUAAACAGUGUGGCAUUGUGACCAACAUAAACUCUAAAUGUGCAGUGAAGCUUGUAGGAACCAACUGUGUUCUUUAUCCUGUUAAAAGCAAAGACCUGCAGCACAUCUGGUCAUUUAUGUAUGGUGACUACAUUGUUUAUGACUUCUGGCUGGGAAAGGUAUAUGAUCUCAGCAUCCAAAUCAUUGUGAAGCUUUCCAAUGGAGCACGGUGUUCUAUGAGUGAGGAGGACUGUGCCAAACUCUACGAUAUUUACCCUCACAUUAGCGAUGUGGGUUUGUUCUUUGAUGAUGCAUAUGGGUUUUACCCAGGCCAGGCUUUAAUUGGGCCCUCGAAGAUUUUCUCUAAUGUGCAGUGGCUUUAUGGUAUUAAGCCAGUUCUCAGUAAGAAAAGCAAAUUCAGGGUUGUUGUGGAGGAGGUCCAGGUGGUGGAGCUAAAGGUGAAAUGGAUUACAAAAAGUUACUCUACAAAAGGACCAGACAGUGUCUUCCCACCACCAUCAACCAUCACACAGGAGAACCUUGGCAGAGUGAAGAGACUGGGCUACUUUGAUCACGCUCAGAGGCAGCUGGGAGAGAGGGCCAUAUACGUGUUUCCUGCCAAUAGUAGUGAAACCACACGCAUCACCUGUGAGGGGCCAGAGGGGACCCCUGAGGACCCUGUUGUUCAAAAGUUAAAAAGAAUGUUUAAAAAGGAACCAGGAAAGAAAAUAACAGAAAAUUCAGGCACUCAAAAUAAAAGCUUUCAGACAACAGAGAAAGUGGACAACACUAAAGGUGAGGAGAGGUCAAUGCAGGGAAAAGACUGUCCUGAUGACAGCUCCACUCCAUGUUGCCCCAACAAUGGUCCCGUUCUGUGCCCAGAUGAUCUGGAGGAGGGACAGUGGACUCAACUGGGGGAGCAAGAGUCAGAUGAGGAGGCAGGGGAUGACACAGAUGAUACCAGCUCCAUCACUUCCUCUGCAAGCUCUACAGCGUCAAUGCAGAGUGGCCUGACCCGGAAGAAGAGUAUCCCCCUUUCCAUACGAAAUCUUAAGAGAAAGCACAAGAAGAAGAGGAUGAAGAUUUCUCGCGAGUUUAAACCAGGAGACAGGGUGGCUGUAGAGGUCGUUUCCACUGUGACCUCUGCUGAUGUGAUGUGGAAGAACGGUAUAUUACACUCAGGAAUCCGCUCCAAUGACCUGAUCCCAGUUCAACACUUGGACAACCACGAGUUCUGCCCUGGAGACUAUGUUGUAGACAAACGACCCCUGGCUAUUGAGGAUCCAAGUGUCUAUGGAGUGAUUCAGUCAGGUGAACAUAAGGCCAGAACCUGUGUAGUCAAGUGGGUCAAACUCAAUGCUGCGGGCAACGAUGUUGAGGUGAUUGGAGAGGAGGAGGAUGUUAGUGUCUAUGACAUUACUGAUCAUCCUGAUUUCCAUUUCCGCACGACGGAUAUUGUCAUAAGGAUUGGCAAUUCAAACCCAGAGGACUGUGAAAAUGAGAGGUCUGUUGGCCAAGUGUGCAGGGUGGAACUGAGCAGUAAAGUGGAGGUUGUGUGGGCUGAUAAUUCUAAGACAAUUGUCCUGCCACAGCAUUUGUAUAAUGUGGAGUCUGAGAUUGAAGAAACGUAUUAUGACUCUGCAGAGGGCAGCAGUAGUAGUGCCUCUUCUGAAGAAUGGGAGGAUGAGAGUGAUAGCUGGGAGACAGAUAAUGGACCAGUGGAGGAGGAACCAGGAGGGGGGGAUGCUGCCCCAGUCUCCUACCCCACCACAGGUGAUGGCAAAAUCCACUGCGUAAAUGCCUCCACAAUCACUGAAUCACCUGGAGCCAUCUCAACAAUUGAGCUGCCCGGAGGUGGAGGUGGAGUCACAGCAUCUGAAGAGAACCCCAGCAAAGAGACUCCACCACGGGGUUUCCGUGAGCUCAAAGAGGCCUUAAAGAUUUUGGAGAGUCUGAAGAACAUGACUGUUGAGCAGCUUUGGACCAGAUCACCCACCUCUCCUACUCCGGAACCUACAGCUGCAAUCGCUGCCACAAUGCCUAUUGAUGCCAAACCCACAAAGGAAAAACGCUUCCUGGAUGACCUUAAAAAACUUCAGGAAAACCUGAAGAAGACUCUGGACAAUGUGGCCAUUGUGGAGGAAGAAAAGAUGGAGGCUGCUAUGGAGGAGGAGAGCGCAACAGUGUCCGUGCCAGCUGAACCCCAGACGCCUGUGUGUUCUGAAUGGCCCAGUGACACACCGGUUUUGUGUCAGCAGAGUGGAGGCAAACCAGGUGUCACCUUCACCAGUGCUAAAGGGGAAGUGUUUUCCGUUUUGGAAUGGGCACCAGACACACAUUUAUUUAAAAAAAUGGAAUUCCAGCCAGCAGAGGCGAAGAAGUUCUUCAGCACUGUAAGAAAAGAAAUGGCCCUGCUGGCCACCUCUCUGCCUGAUGGGAUUAUGGUGAAGACUUUUGAGGACAGAAUGGACCUUUUCUCGGCUCUCAUUAAGGGCCCAAACCGCACGCCCUAUGAGGACGGACUUUUCCUCUUUGAUAUCCAGCUCCCUAAUAUCUACCCUGCUGUUCCUCCUCUCUUCCAUUACCUUUCUCAGUGCAGCGGGCGACUUAACCCAAACCUCUAUGAUAAUGGGAAGGUCUGUGUUAGUCUGCUUGGCACCUGGAUUGGAAAGGGCACUGAAAGAUGGACCAGCAAAUCCAGUCUACUCCAAGUGCUUAUUUCUAUACAAGGUCUGAUCCUGGUCAAUGAACCAUACUAUAAUGAGGCUGGCUUUGACAGUGAUCGAGGCCUUCAGGAGGGUUAUGAGAACAGCCGCUGCUAUAACGAGAUGGCGCUCAUUAAGAUGGUGCAGUCUAUGACUCGACUUAUCCAGCAGCCUGUGGAGGUCUUUCAGCAGGAGAUUCAAGAGCACUUCACCUGCUGUGGCUGGCAGCUGGUCAGUCGGCUAGAGUCCUGGCUGGAUUUGGGUGAGACAGUGACUGACCGCAUGUCCCGAUGUGCUGGUGGCGGCGGCGGCAGCCUCCAUGCAGAGCCUCUGGAGGAGAUUCCCACAGCUUUGUCUCACAGCAAUCCAAGCAAGCAGAAUGUUCGGUGCGAAGAAGAGCUUGAGGACUCUGGGCUCAGCCCAUCCACGUCAGGGCCCAGUGGACCUCUUGGGGGGCACCAGGACCUGAGCCAGAACUCAGAUUGUGAUGGUUCAGUGGUGGGUGUUGCAGAAUCAGAAAUGUCAGAAAGUUCUGAAUGGUUGUCUGGUUUUUUGACAUCUAAACAAAGUGGAAAACCAUGUCAGGAGUCUUUGCCAGUUGUCAGACCAAAGAAACGGAGAAAGAGCUAUCGCAGCUUUCUUCCAGAGCACAGUGGCUAUCCAGACAUCGGAUUCCCACUAUUCCCACUGUCCAAAGGCUUCAUAAAGAGCAUGCAUGUAGUUCUGCAACAAUAUCGAGCUACUUUGACAGCUGCUGGUGUUCCUGAGCACCUUGAGAACAAAUAAUUGCCCAAAUAAUUUAUUUUUCUCUCUCUCCCUCUCUUUUCCACGUUAUGACCCCAAGAGCGCCGCUCUGUCCAGUUUAACCCUUGGCCAGCUACUUGAUUCUCCUCAUCAGACUAACAGUGUUCCAUAACACCCUUUGAUAUUUGCUUUGUAGCACAUUUUAGUUUGCUUUUUUGUUUUUUGAUAUGGGAUGGCAGCACACACUAUUGUUUGUAUUGAAAAACUGUUGAAAUUUCAUAGGCUUUUAUCUUGUUUCCCUGACAACAGCCCUGCCGACACAGGAUCUCUCAGGGAGGUAUGAAUGAAACAGACAGAUGUGAGACAUUACAGAUGCUGAAGCAUGACUGAAGCUUUUGUUUUGUUAGUGGCUAUGUGAGUAUGAACUUGUGCAAGAGGGAAUCAAUUAAUCAUGCCAUGGGAUGCUUCCAUUCAUCCUAGCACAAUUUUGAUGGGUUUACCAUCAUUAAUCUCUCACAACAUGUUAGAAGUUUACUUGCAGAAAAAAGGGUGGGGAUGUUUUUGUCAGUGUUUCCAUAAUGUUUCAGAUCAUGUGUGAUUUAAGUCCUUGCUAUGGAAAUAUAAUUAUUUUAUGAGCCAUGAGCUCUGUGGUCCAUAUUUCCAUAUCAAGUGCUGCUUGAUGCAUUGCAUUGACUUUAAUCUGUGAACAAUAUUAUCAGUUCUUUUAAAGGUUGGUGUUGCUAACUAUUUUUGGACCCAAACAUGCUUCAAUUUGUAUAACUGCCCAGUCAUCGAUACUGUACAUGCAAUUUAUCAUUCCUGCUGAUGUUUUGCACUGAAACCAAAGUGUCAAGUUUGCAAGUGUUAAAAAAAAAAAGCAGCCAGACACUGAACUACUCUGAUUCUUCCAAAUGGAAUUCCCCCUUUUUAUCUUCCUCCCCUUCUAUGCCACAACAGAGAAAGAAGAGAUUUGCCCAAUGCAAGAAGGUGCCCUGAAUUGUUUCUGGCAGGCUGAUGAGGACCUAACCCCACCCCUGAUUAUAACCAUUUUGAGCCUGUAAGGCUGAGUAGUCUGCUAGGAAAAAUUGAGAGCACUUUUCAGGUAUUUGCAAAUUGUUUCAGAAAGAACAAUUCAAACCUCACAUUUCUGUUUACAUCAACAUCAGGCCAGCUAUAAUUUUAGCACUGUGUAUGUUAUGUGCUUUUCCACUUUGUAAUUCACAUUAAUAUUCAUAGUUUUGCACAAACAUGCGUAUUUAUUUCCACUGCGUGAAACACUCCAAUCUGCUGGUUGCCUCCCCCCCUCUUCAUCUUUGUUUCUCUCUGUAGUUUGGCUCUUGGUCUGAUGCAAGCAGAAGUUGAGAUGUAAUAUACUGCUACAAUUUUCUGUACAUUAGCAUUUAAAUUCAAUCUUGUUUAUGACAAAGGAAAUAUCAAGUAUGGGUGUCUUUGGGUGAUGGCCCUGACUCGUUUUGUUUGACAAGUUAUUGUAAUAUUUUUUUCAUCAGAUUCUUUAGUAAUAUCCUACAAAUAAUUAUUUCAUUAUACCUUUCAAUAUAAUUUUGUAUUUCUAGCUUACAGUUUCAUAGCUGGAGAAUAAGAAUGCUUUAUCAAAGUGUUUCAUAUGUGCAUUUGAUGAGUUCAUGGUGAUUGGUUUAGCUGGUUAUUAUAUCAAUGCAGAUCCCUUUAAUCCAUCUCAGUAAAAAGGAAGAUACAUUUUCCACAUACAGAUUAAUAUCCUGUAUGUCUUAUGUAUCAUACAUAAGUUCAGCUCUCCAUAUUUUGGUUUCUGUACAUCUCUGAAUGUGAAGCUAUGUCACAAAUGAGAAUCCAGACAUAAACCCUAAUGAAACGGCAAUUUUCUGUGUAGGUGUACAAUACUAUGAAUUUGAUCACACUACUAUGAAGAGAGAUAACAGCCAAAGCAUGUAACAUGUUGCUUUAAGCCUUAAUGGCUACAUGAGACAUGACUGAACAAUGUAAACAUUUCCACAGUGGCUUGUAUUGGUAAACUA